AGUGGUGUGGCUAUGCGGUGCCUAUCCCCACCACGGAGGCAGCCAGGCUCAAUAUUCUAUGUAGAAAAACGACCGGACAAUCCUACACCCCCCGACUGGAAAGAAGCGGCUUAUUCGGUGCGAUGGGAGGAAUUCGUGGCUCAUGGUGGCUGCGUGACCUGCCUAGCGUUAGGUCGCAAAUCUGGCAGGGUCAUGGUAACUGGUGGCGAAGACAAGAAGGUCAAUCUAUGGGCUGUAGGAAAAUCCAACUGCAUUAUGAGCUUGAGCGGUCAUACUUCCCCUGUGGAAUGUGUGAAAUUCGGACAGUGCGAAGAUAUCGUUUGCGCUGGGUCUUCGAAUGGAACUUUAAAAAUAUGGGACUUAGAAGCUGCCAAAAUUAUUCGAACUUUGUUGGGCCACAAAGGAAAUGUAAAAUGCGUCGAUUUUCAUCCUUACGGAGACUUCGUAGCUUCUGGAUCUUCGGACAGCAACAUAAAACUUUGGGACAAAAGAAGAAAAGGAAGCAUUUUUACGUACAAGGGGCAUACGAAAGCCGUGAAUACCCUAAAAUUCAGUCCUGACGGUCGAUGGAUUGCUUCGGGAUCUGAAGAUGGAGUUAUAAAGCUAUGGGAUCUGCCAGCUGGUAAACUUCGAACAGAAUUCAAAGGACAUACGGAUGGAAUCAGUGAUAUAGAAUUUCAUCCCAAUGAAUUACUUCUUGCUAGCUGUAGUUCUGACCAGUUUGUAAAAUUCUGGGAUUUGGAAAACCAUAGACUUGUUUCGCAUACUGAUGGAGAUUCUGGACCAGUUCAGAAAAUCUACUUCAGUCCGAAUGGAGGUUGUUUAUUUAGUGGUGCUCAAGAUAUCUUGAAAGUUUAUGCCUGGGAACCCAUCAGGACGUUAGAUACUCUAGUGAUGGGAUGGGGAAAAGUGUCGGACAUUUCGUCUUCGGAGAGUCAACUGAUUAUUGGUGCUUUCAAUCUAACAAAUGUUUCUGUUUAUAUAAUGGACUUACGAAAAGUACAACCAAUUGAUUCAUGGUUAAAACAAUCAGAGCUGGUUCGAACGCCUGGAAGUGGAUGCUCGUUUGAUGACGUUGAUUUGGAAAAUGACACCUCCAGGUUAACAGAACGCAAUGAGUAUUUAGGAAAUUAUCAUUCCGAUAUAGAAAAUUCCAUCCUUAGCACAGACAUAGAUCUCUCCAAAACACACAUUCUCGGCGUAGAUCUCUCGACGUUUCUACCACCACUAGAUGAUCCUGCAGGAGCUCAAAUGGAAGCCAGAUGUCAAAACCCUUUCAACUGCACGUACAAAUUAACUAAUGUCCAAGGGAAACCGACGAUGCUAGCUCUGCCAAUGGCCGUCACUCAUCCAUACAACUAUAACAACGAUAGAUUGUACGACAAUAAUUCCGAUUCGAUUAAUCAGAAUUCUCUACCAAUUUUACAAGGAGAAUCACUAAAACAUUCACAAUCUAUGGCGUUUCCAGAUGUCGAACAAAAAUGUGAAUUGGAUGCUGUUCACCAAUCAAGAACCAAGUCUUUUGGAAUAGAAUUAGAUGAUUUUCUUCCAAGAAAUACAGAUUCAGCUAAGAGUGGAUAUGGGUCCCUUGAGGUAUCGGAUGCUGAAGCAAUAUCCUCUAUCUACCGGGGUCACGAAUCGAUGGUGAAGGUGUUAGGUCAUCGCAAGAAGUAUUUGCAGUCGGUGAUGAGGAUAUGGAAAACAGAAGGACCGCUUGCAGGAUUAACAUCUGCUAUCCACAUGAGUGAUUCAGCUAUUUUGGUGGAUAUUUUAACGUUACUGAUUACAAAACCAUCGUCAUGGACUCUAGAUAUGUGCCAACUACUUCUGCCAGUUAUCUGUGAUCUUCUGAAGAGCAAAUAUGAGACAUACAUCACCAUCGGAUGCAUGACUCUGAAGUUAAUCAUGAAAAACUUCUCUCAAGUGAUCAAAAUUAACAUUUCAGCUCCCAAAGGAAUAGGAAUUGACAUCUCGAGAGAAGAAAGAUACAAGAAAUGCCGAGUAUGCUUCAGCCACCUGAUAGCACUACGAUCUGUCGUACUACAAAGACAAUCGGCUGAAGGACAGCUUGGGAAAUUGUUCGGCGAACUCUAUCAGAUGUUGCAAACACUCGAUCAAUGAGUGAGGCUGCCAUUCCAUCCGUCUAAUAGUUUUUGUUUAAGACAAAAACGUUAUAAUUUUCUAUACCUGGAUGUAUAAUCCACAAAUAAAACUGGUUUUUAUAAUAAAAUGUAUCAAACUCG